UUGGGCUGCGUCAAAGAAUCGUGCCACGAGAGCUACAUCCCUUACAACAAAUUUCGCACGGAGAGCCUGCCGCCGCGGUUCAGGGACCACCACCUGAUGGAGGUGAUCAAACUCAUCGCGUUUCUGACGGUCAGGAUCCAGGUGAGCUACACGAGCACGGCACGGCCAAGGUUUCACGCGGGCACGACCAGGGAGUAUCCGUUCGGGAAUUCACGCGGGAGCACCAACAAGCGCACGGGGACGGGCCGCAUCGGGAUGGUGUGGAAGUACACCGAGAAGGACGACCGGACCUGUCCUUGUCGUGCGUGCAAAAAUUCCGAGAACCCUCGGAAAGACUGGGGCCUGAUAAGGGUCAUCACCGCUGUUCACGUGGUCUACGACACAUCCGAGGCGUUGCAGACGACGUGCCGCUUCGGGUUCGACUCCGAAAAGAGCCCGGACGUGACGAUUGAAGGGGUCGACAUGGAGCGAGCGGACGUCAAUGACGACAGGUGUCACCUGGCGUGCGUCACCCACGACCUUCAGCUGUUGAACCGGCUCAAAGUUCAAUGGUCACGGUAUCCAGGGCUCCACAAGAAGGUCACGGAGAAGUUCGAUCGACCGGACGACAACCUCGUCGCCAUCGUGUCCCACCCGCACGGCUGCAGCAAGCACGUGUCCCUCGGGUCCUGGACCCACAAGAUGACCACGGGCGAGUCCUCGCCCGGCCACCCGUACGUCAUGUACACGUACACCACGGCAACGUGUCCCGGGUCGAGCGGCGCCACGGUCUACAUCAUGGGGAGGUCUUGGGGUUUGUGGUACAACCAGAUUCACAGCGGCUACAACGGAGAAGACAAUUUCAGUGGAAACGGUUGUGAUUGAAGACAAGUAGAAUUGCUACAUAUAAACGCAUACAAGCUA